AUGGUGCGGUCGCAUCAUGAGCAAGCUUUGUACCCCAAGCUGAGCGUCGACCAGUCACACUUCGUGUCUGGGCAGAAGGUGCGAGUGCGAUGCUUCGUGAAACCCUUCUUGUUGGCGUCCAUUUUCCCUGAUUGCAAGUUCGCGGCUCGAUUGAUCGUCCUGGAUGCGGAGAAAUGCAGGCGCAGACACCUUGUGCCUGAGCAGGUUGCAGCGUGCAGGAAGCUGAGCUGGGAGUUCCGCUGUGCGCCUGACAUCAAGAUGAAGGCUCACAGGACAAGUUGUCUGCCGCGCCUUCAACAGUAUCUUUGCAGGGAGAGGGCGGAGCAACCUUAUGCAACCCUGUCGUGCACCAAAAAGAAACCAGCUCAUUCUGCCGCACUUUGGUGCGGCAGCCAGCAUUUCAAUCGAUCAGAAAGGGCUGAGGGCUUCAAGGCGGCUCCUGUACUUCAUAUCGAGAUAAUGUGA